AUGGUCCUUCGCCAUAUUCUGCGUGACCUCAUGCUUAGUUCAGGCACUUGUAUCCUGGGGCCUUGGCUAAAUUUGUUGAUCCGAAUGAAGCAAGAUGAACCCAUCUGCUUUGUCUUUGUUGAGGUUGACAUUUUUUCUUACUUUCAUCCGUCCCAUUCUUUGCAAGAAUUCCCAUCUGAUCAAUAUGCCUUUCUCUGGUCACGACUUCUGCUUGCCCUGCGUCAUCAGCAAUUACGUAUCUAG